GGGCGGUUGGAUUAUCUGCUGCUGAAUGCCGCGAUGACGUAUCCCGUUGGCGACGGCGGGGUGCGCGGCAGGUGGUCUGACGCGGUGGUGGUGAAUCACUUUGCCCAGCAUUAUCUACUGCACCUGCUCAGGGAGAAGCUGGUUGAGUCGAAGGCGAGGAUCGUGGUUGUGUCAUCGGGCGUGAUACGGCAGGUUACGGACCCAGCUGUCCUCGCGCACGACCUCCAGGCCGGGUCGGGCGUCGAGCCCAUGAAGACCUACUGCCAGACCAAGUUCGUGCAGCUGCUCAGCGCGCACUGGUGGCGCCGCCAGCUCAAGGACCAGUGCACCGUUGUGGCCGUCUCGCCCGGCCUCAUCCCCGGAACCGGCCUCGGCCGGGGCGCAGGCAUGACGGCGACCAUGGACAUGCCCGAUGCGAAGUCAGUUCCUGAAGGAGCACGAAGCAUCCUGGCCGCGUUCACGCGCGACGACUUCCCCGAGGAUCCCGAUCAGAUCUUCCUGACCAGCUGGGGCGAGUGGUGGAGCAAGGACGUCUAUUCCCUGACUCUGGACAAGGCGCUUCAGGACAAGUGGUCGCCGAGCAAGGACGAGAUGGAAAACGAUGAUGCUUUCACCCGCUGA